AUGCUAGCACCAGACCCCAGGAGCAGGUCCUGGCAGCAAAGACUGGUGCGAAAUGGAGUGAUGGGUUUCCUUGUCCGUGAAGAAAGUAUUAAUAGACAUCGAUAUCUAAAUUCUGUAUUUUCUAAUGAAAGCUCUACUGCUUCCUAUGGAAUAAAUCAAUUUUCUUAUUUGUUUCCUGAAGAGUUUAAAGCAAUUUAUCUGAGAAGCAAACCUUCUACAUAUCCCAGAUACCUAGGAGACAUACAAAUUUCAAUCCCUAACAUAUCCUUCCCAGUAAAAUUUGACUGGAGAGACAAGCAUGUUGUAACACAAGUGAAAAACCAGCAGAUGUGUGGAGCGUGCUGGGCUUUCAGUGUGGUAGGUGCAGUGGAAUCUGCUUAUGCAAUCAAAGGUAAUCCCUUGGAAGACCUGAGUGUACAGCAGGUCAUUGAUUGUUCCUAUAAUAAUUAUGGCUGCCAUGGAGGGUCUACACUCAGUGCUUUGGACUGGUUAAAUAAGAUGCAAGUGAAACUGGUGAGAGAUUCAGAAUACCCAUUUAAAGCACAAAAUGGCCUGUGCCAAUAUUUUUCUGCUUCACAUUCCGGAUUUUCAGUCAAAGGUUAUUCUGCAUAUGACUACAGUGACCAAGAAGAUGAAAUGGCAAAAGCACUCCUUGCCUUUGGCCCUUUGAUAGUGAUAGUAGAUGCUGUGAGCUGGCAGGAUUAUCUGGGGGGGAUAAUACAGCAUCACUGCUCUAGUGGAGAAGCAAAUCAUGCAGUUCUCAUAACUGGGUUUGAUAAAACAGGAAGUACUCCAUAUUGGAUAGUCCGGAAUUCAUGGGGAAGUUCAUGGGGAGUGGAUGGAUAUGCUUAUGUAAAAAUGGGGGCUAAUAUUUGUGGUAUUGCAGACUCUGUGUCUGCUGUAUUUGUGUGA